UUAUACGGCCAUCUGAUAGAGCCAGAGGACAUUUGAGUGAAUUCGUCUUCUUCAAAUUCUCCGAAUUAACUCUCUCACUCUCGAUCACGAGGAUCUAUGGUGAAGGCGGCGUACGCUUCAGAACUCCCGUUUUACGUGCCUAUUGGUCCUAUUGUGUCCAGACCGGUAUCCGAGAAGGCAUCCGAUGUACCAUCGAGCUCCACCACCGCAAACAAGCCGGCGUACGCUUCGGAACUCCCGUUUUACGUGCCUACCGGUCGUAUUGUGUCCGGACCGCUAUUCAAUGAGGUAUACGAAGAAGAUGUACCACCGAUCACCACCGCAAACAACCCACCGCCUCCAAGUACCACCCCAGAAACCGAUCCACUUUCUUAUCGAUCCCUGCUCCCUCCCGAACCUCUGUCGUCGUCGUCGUCUUACUCGCCGUAUGGUUUCUACGGAGCCUUUAUCGAUGUGCAUCCGAUGAUCGAAGCCUACAACUUGCCCGACUACCCAAACAAACCUCCCAAGAGUUGGUUGGAGGGCCUUGAACGGAAUUUGAAUUUUAGAGUAGCAAGAGCACGAGCCCUUGGUUGGUAUCCUCCCCACACUUCCCAACAGCAGGAUGAGGAGGAGGAGCAUGGAGAAGGAGAAGAACGGCCGACCAAGAAGCCUCGUUUUUCCAUAGUGCCAUAUUUACUGCCUUCUCUCGAAGUACCACGGAUUAGAGUUCGUAACUUCACCAAGGAGGAGAGGGAGAUUUACAACAAGAUGGUCUUCGAUAGCGAUGGUUUUGAUUGUCCUUACGUUCCCCCUGAGAUUGCUAUCCCUGGUAUCCUCAAGCCAGUUAAAGUGGAAUAGCUGAAGGGCUUGGAAGAUAUGGCAGACUUAGCUAUGAAACACUACAAUGACCAAAAUAACACGUCGUACCAGUUUGUCGAGGUCAUCAAAGCCAAUAUGAGGUGGGAUAGAGGUAGUACAUAUAACAUUACCUUCCAGGCCAAGGACGGCACAACUUGUUCUCCUCCACAGAACUUCCAAGCUCUUGUGACUAAAUUUAUGGACAACACUAAGGUCCUCUUUUGCAGGGUUGAACAAGUAUCCAAACCACCCGGAGAUAAAAUGCCACGCUAGUGUUGUUUACAAAUGGUAGGAAGAGAACCUGGAUUCGUUCAGCAUAUUCAAAAUUGUUUUCCCAUCCAAUGUCUAGUGUUUGCAUUUGUCACCUUUGGUAAUUGUUCUGUGUUCCUGCACCAUUGUUUAUCUUGAGUUUCCCUUUCCACAAAAUACAUGCCUAUGCCCAGUUUGUCAUAAUGGCUGUAAGUAUACUUCAGUAAUUUGGUUUGGUUAUUCCUCCUUGCAUGUUAUUCCAAAACAUGAAAACCCAAAGUUAUAUAUGUGGACUAUGAACAUAUGGUAGAUUUGUUAGCAAAGAUUGAUGUUUUGUGUGUCGCCUUUCGCGUUCCUUCUAAUAUGAUUUGUGUUGUAAAUUUUGAAGCAUUCAUAAUUCUCGAUGCAAAGAUCAUCCCCCCCACCCCCCUUCCCCCCCUUUUUUUUGGGGGGCUGAUUUAACAAGCAACUGUUUCUCAGUGAACCACUAUAUUCUGGAACAUUUAGGCGGUAACAAAGAAGAGGAUCUCAACAUAUUGUUACUGUGGUGAAAGGAUUUGAUGUUUCUGUGUAUUAGAAAUUCACUUGCCUAUCUUCUGUUUGGUAUAAUGUCAGCUAGUAUUUUUUGAUAUUAGAGUUUCAAUGCAAUUCUAUGAACUAGAAGUUGAGGCACACAAAUUUUGUAUCGAGAUCAUAAUCUAUACAUAACAGUAUCACUAUUAAAGCAUCAUAAAAUCAUCAAUAAGCUCUCAUGCACCCGACAGUAUUUUUUUCCCUUGUUUCUUUUAUGGGGAAUGAGCUUCAGUGAUGUAAUGACUCUGGAAAAAGUGAAACGAACCAAUGAAGAUACCGAACAUAACACCAAAGGAAGGAAGUAGAAUAUUCUUGGACAAACAGAAGUAUAUGAUAGUGAAUCAGGUGACAAGGCUAAAAGUAAACACAAAAACUUAAGAAUCGAAUUCGACUGCAUGAAUUACCAUCCACGUGCAUAGAUAACAUGAUUGAAAUCAACACAGUUCUGGGUCUCCUCCGCAAGUGAUCAUUAAUAGUCGGGUAAUCAAACAAAAAUUUCCAUUCCAUCCUUGUUCAUUUUCUUCACAAGUUCCAAUUGAGGCUUUGCCUUUGGCAGCACAAAAUGUGGGUGGAAAAGGGUAAGGUUAGUUGUGAAAUCCAUUGGUUUUGAUUUUCAUGGAGAGCCCACUAACGUAUUAGUAACAGAAGCAGUACUGGAAACCGAAGCAGGUUUGGGGGAUGAAUUUAAUAAGGGGGUUGUCUGACUGUCUGCCAUCAUUUUUCCUUGGAUAACUUUCCAUUGUCUUGCUAUCUUUGUUCUUUUGUGUUGCUUUGUUUUGUGUUAUUUCCCCUUGCUCUUAUUUUCACCGACUUAGAGAAAGGAAAAACAAAAUGUAUAUGUACAUAGAACACCAUUGGCAUUUAUUUACUUGCAAUCACCGCAACUAUUGUAGCAUUUUUAGGAUUUAUGAGUCAAUUAGAUGCCUAGU